AUGGAACGGUUGACGUUUCCACAGCUUGCAGAACAGGGCUGGUCUGCAGCUUCGCAAUUUGUUCCAACCAGUGCGAUCGUCAAGGCACAGGAAGCAGUACAACAGUGUCUUGCACAAAGGAGGUUCCGAUACCCACCUGCUGAAGUCCUGGAUGGGCUACUGGGAGCAGUUGGGUCGUCGCAGAUUGCCGAGUUCCAGGCAGCAGAGGAGCCAGCCGGUUUCGAUCAAGCAGAUGGUGUCCUGACACAGGCUGCUGGUCGGGUGCCUCGAGCCGGAUCACUUCAGGGUCGAACGCGCGCUGUCCUUCACCAGGCUGGCGUCCCUAUGCCGCUUGCCGCGCCUGAGCUCUCAGAGGCCGAGUGCUGCCGCUGGCUGGGCAUCUUUUCCCGGAGGAGAUAUACCAUCGUCCUCUUCCUCGGACCAGACCGUGCGCAGCUGUGUCUGGAGCAGGUUGAAGCUUCUGAAAGCGGGGAUGAAGAGGAAGUGGAGGAGAUAGAGAUGUCUCUGCCGCUGGCCUUGGCCUCUUCAUCGGCCCCCUCGUGGUGCAUGUCCUCGCGGUGGCGACGCGUGGUUGUCACCCUCUUUGCCGUCUUCUGCAGCGCUGAAGGUGGGCCUUUGGAAGAGCAGAACGAGCAGCAGUGCCUGCAUCUGGACGGUUACCCGGGGCGCUGCCCAAUCUACAUCAUGAAAGGCGCUUGCUAUAGUGAUCAAGAGGGCGUGGCCUGGGCCUGCAUGACUGAAACCUGCCUGCAGAUGGGUCGGACUUUUAGGUGCUCCAGACCCGAGCCUGGACCAUCGCUGCCCUGCUUGGUUGCGCCGGUGAAUGGCUCGCGGGAUCUCACGCCGGGUGAUCGUUGGAGACGCAUGCAGACGUUCGAGAAUGCAGUUGUCCACCGCUCGGAGGAGGAGGACAUUCCACCUCUUUCGCUUUCGGGCGUUUGGCGCUCGGUGGCCGUGCAGCUGGAGGUCUACAAGGAGCGUCCCGCACCCAGCUGCGCUUUCUCUCUGGUGCUGCUGACCUGGGUUGCAGCGCUCUACAGGAUCCUGCGGACGGAUUUUCCUCCGCCGGGCCCGGCAGGGCUUUGCAUGGACCCCGCCGCCGUGCGCUUCGCCCAGGGCUUCGAGGCAAAGCGUUGGCUGCUACAUGCCUUGUGGCCACUGGAGCCAGGCUACCUGCGCGGUUUCCUGAGCUCUUCGCUUCUAUUGGUGUUGGGCUACUCCCUGGAGUACGAGCUGGGCAGCGCGCACUUCUGCGGCCUCCUACUGGGACUCCAGAUUGGAGCUGCCUUCUUGUUGCUGCACUUUCGCUUCUCAAUGUGUGUGAUUUCCUUGGAGCCAGCGAUGGCUGGCUUGGCAGUCAUCGCGCACCGUGUGAACCCCAAGGUGCACAGCGACGGACUGGGUGCAGCAUUGAAGCUACCCUUCGAGGUUGAACCUCGAUGGCACAUCUGGGUUCUCCUGGGGCUUCUGCUGAUGCAGGCUGGUGACUUCCCGAAUGCCUUGGUGGUGCAUGCAGCAGGCCUCCUCCUUGGCGCGGUGGUUGUGAUGAGGGAGCCCGAGGUCUGGGGAGAUGCCUGGCGCGCUCUGGUGGGCCGAUCGUUCACCUGCGGGGCAGUGGCUCACAUUGUGCUCUUCGUCUUCACAAUCGUCUUCAUGCCGCUGACUGUGCCCGAGGCUCCGGCGGACAUGCUCGCGCUCUUUCAGGCAGCACUGGCAGAUGGCCGUCUGUUUAAGCUGUCCUGGUGGAGGGACUCGAUCCCAUCAUCCCUGCCAUUGCUACAUAUGGCCAUCUCUGGCCAGCUGGGCGGAGAGGCACUGUAUAUUUGCCGAUUCCUGUUGAGCAUUGCGCUGCCCCUGCUUCUCUCUUCGAUGCGCAUGUGGGCCGUGGCCCAAGAGGGUUUGUGCUUCGCAUCUGGAUCGUUCGAAUGA